AUGGCGUCCGACUCCAUCCACGAGAAGGAUCCCAAACAUGAAGUCGUCAUCGUCAAGACGGCCAUUGGAGAUGAAGCCUUCCAGCAGGCUAUGAUCAAGGAGCCUCCACCAAAGCUGGCUGCGCCCAUCCUCAUCUUCGCCAGUAUGGUCGCUUUCUGCUGCUCUACUGCCAACGGUUACGAUGGUUCUCUGUUCGGAACUCUUCUUUCCACAGAUGACUUCAAGGCGUUCUUUGGUGUCGAUAACAAGGGUAUUGAAGCUGGUAUCGUCACUUCCAUGUAUCAAAUCGGUUCCGUCGUCGCUAUUCCCCUCGUUGGACCCUGUAUCGAUACUUGGGGUCGCCGUGUCGGUAUGACCAUUGGUGCUUGGAUCAUCAUUGUCGGUGUCGUUAUUCAGCUCGCAUGUUACACAAACGCCAGCGUCGGUCAAUUCAUGGCUGGUCGCUUCUUCCUCGGUUUCGGUGUCUCCAUCGCCGCCGCUGCUGGUCCCACAUACGUCGUUGAAGUCUCCCACCCUGCCCACCGUGGUAUCAUCACUGGUCUCUACAACGUCAUGUGGCCUGUCGGUGCCCUCGUUGCUAGCAGUGCUGUCCGUGGCGGUUGGAACUACCAGGGAACCAACACCUCAUGGAUGAUCCCCGUUGGCCUUCAGCUCAUGUUCCCUUGUGUCAUUGGUUUCUUCGCCAUGCUUCUCCCCGAGUCUCCUCGAUGGUUGUACACCCACGGACAACAAGAGCUCGCCAAGAAGAACCUUACAAGCCUCCACGGCCACGGUAACCCUGAGAGUGAAUGGGUUAAGCUCCAGCUCCACGAGUACGAGGAGCAUCUUGAGAUGGACGGUAGUGACAAGCGAUGGUGGGACUACCGCGCUCUCUUCAGAACCCGUGCUGCCUUUUACCGACUCACCUGCAACUGUCUCGUUUCCCUCUUCGGACAGUGGGCUGGCAACAGCAUCGUCUCUUACUACCUCAGCGCUUUCCUCGACACUGCUGGUAUCAAGGAUGGCCGACAACAAAACGAUGUCGCCAUGGGAAUGAACGCCGUCCAGAUUGCUUUUGCUGCUCUCGGUGCCACCUUCACUGACACUGUCGGUCGUCGUCCCAUGUUGCUCAUCGUCAACGUCGUUUGUGCUCUCUGCUGGAUCGGUGUUACUGUCCCUGCCUCCAUCGCCAACAUCACUGAUCUCGAUGACAAGUCGCAAACCGAUGCCGUCACCCCACCAGUCAGCAAGGCUAUCCUCGCCUGGGUCUACCUCUUCCAGAUCUUCUACUCCGUUGGUUGGACUCCCCUCCAGGCUCUCUACCCCGUCGAGGUUCUCAGCUACGAGAUGCGAGCCAAGGGUAUGGCCUUCAGCUCCCUCUUCACCAACGCUGCCAUGCUUGUCAUGCAGUUUGGUAUCCCCGUCGCUCUGAAGAACAUUGCCUGGAAGACAUACAUUGUCUUCUGUAUCUGGUGUGUCAUUCAGUCCAUCAUUCUCUACUUCCUCGUCCCCGAGACCAAGAACCGAACUCUCGAGGAACUUGACUACAUCUUCUCAUCCCCCAGCCCUGUCAAGGCAUCCAAGCAGAAAAAGAUCUUUGAGGCCGAUGCCAAUGCCAACAUUGUCCACAUCGAGCCUGCAACUGCUUCUCCCACUGCGGCUUAA